GAAAUGGAUUGGCCAGCUUUCAGGAGGAAGGAGGGCUGAGUUUCCAUGGUGUAAGCACAACAACAACUCCAGGCAGUUUGGGCUCCUGCCAGCACAGAGUUCCUUGGGUUUCAUGCAAGACUUUUCUGUUAUGGAAUUGACCAAAAUGUCAAACAUGACAAAGCUCCACCAAGCUGUGGCUGUGGGAGACUACAAUUUAGUGAAAAGGAUUUUGAAGAAAGGUCUUUGUGACCCAAACUACAAGGACAUGGACUGGAAUGACCGGACCCCCCUUCACUGGGCUGCAAUGAAAGGGCAAGUGGAAGUGAUGCAUCUCCUGAUUGGUUAUGGAGCCAGGCCCUGCCUGGUAACUGAUGUGGGCUGGACCCCCGCUCACUUUGCAGCUGAGUCAGGCCAUCUGAAUGUACUCAGAACCCUGCAUGCCCUGCAUGCCGCCAUCGACGCCCCUGAUUUCUUUGGAGACACACCUAAGAGAAUCGCAGAGAUCUAUGGGCACAGAGCCUGUGUGGCCUUCCUGGAGGAGGCUGAACCUGAGUGCCAGGACCACCGCCGGGCAGCCGAGCAGAAGGGACUGCAGCUGGAUGAGCGGGACCCAGACUGGGAUGCCAAGAAGAGGGAGCUGGAGCUGUCUCUUCCUUCCCCCAACAAAAAUAUGAAUAAAAAGAAUAAGAAAAGUGGAGACCCAGCCAGGCUUACCUAUACCAAGGAGCGCAGAGCAUGAGGGCUGAGCCCCAGGCCUGGGCCCUUGCCUUGGUCUAGAGGUUAUCAGGCGUGUGUUGUCUUCACAUGAUUUUAUUCUACCCCAGCUUCUACCAGAAGUUCUUGACCAUUUCAAAUUUCAUGAGCUCUUGUCUCCUAAAACCUGUCCACGAAAACAACCAGGAAGAGACAAACUUCAGGCGGCCAGCUGCUUGCAGUUUUUUCUCAUUACUCAUUUGCCCACCCCACACACCACUAUAGAAUUUCAGGGAUUAAAGAAAGAGUUGUCCUGAGGAAAUUUGAUUUUUCCAGGGUAAGAAGGAAAAGAAAAAGAGUCAAAACAAAACCCUAAAAAAUUCCUAACAUCAUCCUUUCAGUCAAUCUAGAAAAAAAUUGUAUUUGUUGUCACAUAGACUAAGCAAGUAUGUGAGCAACUGUAUUUCCCAGCUUCCAGCUUUUUUUUUUUUUUUUU